AUGCCGAGCGCUUGUAUCCUUUGGGUUAUCGAAGACGGGGAACAGGGCAGAGAAGGCUGAGAUUACCCCCCCACACACCUCGGCGGGGGCUCCGCUGCCCGGGGCGGCGCACCUGCCGCUCUAGGGGCUGAGCCGGGCCGGGCUGUGCCGCGCCGAGCCGGGCAGACGCUCCGCGGGCAGCCCCGCCCCGGCCCCCCCCGGGCGGAGGGAACAGGGGGCGGGAGCCGGGCGGAGCGGCUCGGCUCGGCUCAGCCCGGCACGGCACAGCUCGGCUCGGCUCUCCCGCCAUGGCAUCCAAGUGCCCCAAGUGCGAGAAGACCGUGUACUUCGCUGAGAAGGUGUCCUCCCUGGGCAAAGACUGGCACAAGUUCUGCCUGAAGUGUGAGCGCUGCAACAAGACCUUGACCCCGGGUGGGCAUGCUGAGCACGAUGGGAAGCCCUUCUGCCACAAGCCCUGCUACGCCACACUGUUCGGCCCCAAAGGGGUGAACAUUGGUGGUGCUGGGUCCUACAUCUAUGACAAGCCGCAGAUCGAGGGGCAGACUGCCCCGGGACCAAUUGAGCAUCCAGUGAAGGUGGAGGACAAGAAGGUGAAUGCGGCGCCUCCAAAGGGACCCAGCAAAGCCUCCAGUGUCACCACCUUCACUGGGGAGCCCAACAUGUGUCCACGCUGUGGCAAGAGAGUCUACUUUGCUGAGAAGGUGACUUCGCUGGGGAAGGACUGGCACCGUCCCUGUCUACGCUGUGAGCGCUGCAGCAAGACACUGACCCCGGGGGGCCAUGCUGAGCAUGAUGGAGAGCCAUACUGCCACAAGCCCUGCUAUGGGAUCCUCUUUGGGCCAAAGGGCGUCAACACUGGAGCUGUGGGAAGCUACGUCUAUGACAAAGACCCCGAGGUGAAGAACCAGCCCUAGACAGCAUCCACCUGCCUACCUGCUCUGUGCCCCCAUACUAACCUCCUGCUCACAGCGGGAGCAAACCCGCACCAGGCUGGCCACGGAGCUGUGCUCUCUUUACUUUCUCUACUCCAGGCAGGACAGCCCUGCCCCCCCGGGUUAUAUAUCAUAGGUUAUAAUAUAAGUGUCAGUGUUUAAAGGUAAAGGUAGAACCUGUCUCUGGUGGUUCCCAAUGUGCUCUGCCCUCCCCAGCCCUCCUGCCAGCUCACCAAGUACAGGAGGCAGCAGGGUGGGUGUGCUAAGGGCAGGGGAAAGGUAGUGGCAGGAGACCCACCACAGGAGGGGGCUCCCUGCUGCCCCCUGCAGGGUGGUCAGAGUGCCCAGCCGUGUUUCUCCUCAGCUUCUGGGAUCAAACUGGUCCCUUGAGGGCUCUCGCCCAUCUAGGAGCACUGCCCUCCUCUGGCCCUUCCCAGGCUGCAUGCCCUAGCUCCUGCUCUCCCCAGGGCCCACAGCUGACGCCAGCUGCAAUUGGAAUUGUAGGGUCUGGCACCUUCGUGCAUCCCCAUCCUUGCACCCCCAGAGCAUCUUUGAACGUGCAUCUGGGCAGAUGCCCAAUGUGCUUUGCUGUCUGGUUUGGGUUGGUGCCCCCCCUAGUUUGGUCCCCUGUGGCAGCAGAGCCCAUGCCACAGGGGCACUCAGCAGCUGCAGCCCUAGGGGAAUGGGCUGUUCCUUACCUUCGGAGGGCAGAGCGCAUUGGGCAUGUGGCUCAGCGGUGGGAAGCCCACCUGCUUCCCAGAGCCAGACGUUUCUCAUUGUUUUUGUUUAUUUAUAAGCAGUUGUGAAUGUGCCCCUCACUUUGGAGAACAACACAUGCCUCCCAGACUCUUCCAUCACUCCUCUUCCCCACCCCCCCCUCCUCCACCCCCGGCCCUGUGCACACCCAGCCCCACUGCGGCCCAGGGGGUUGGGGAGGCGGAUGGUGCAGGGUACCUGCUGGGGCAGCAAGCCCUGGGGUGCCAGCACCCAGCUCUUUCCAGACGCUUCUGCAUUGUGGCGGGGCUGACGUUUGUAACUUGCUGACAAUAAAGG